CCAACACUGACUCAUUGUCAUGCCGAAAAAGCGCAGCCAAGUUCAAGUUUUGUGCCCCCUCUUUUUCACAAUCUUCUGAACUACAAUUUGAAAUCUAAGGUGCGCUUGCAUCCAUUGGUGCUCUUCCAAAUCAUAGAUGCCUACGAACGCCGUCCUCAGGAUGCCAAUCAAGUAAUUGGAACCCUGCUGGGCCGUAACGACAAAUGCGGACGCAUUGAGAUCACCAAUAGCUUUGGUUUGGUCCACAAGGAGCACGCCGGCGAGUGCAAAGUGGACAUGGAUGUGCAAUACGCUACCGAUAUGUACGAGCUGAAUCAGUUGACCUAUCCGCAGGAGAAAAUCAUCGGCUGGUACAGCACCGGUAAGCUCGUUAGCCCAUCAGCCGUCGCCAUUCACGACUACUAUACAAGGGAGUGCGACGAACCGGUGCUACUUCUGGUGGACACUACGCUGCGUGGCGGCCGCUUUAACACACGGCUAUACUGUGCUGUGGAAAUCGGCGUGCCAGGAGGCACAAAGGGCAUCAUGUUCUCGCUCUUGCCGUUGGAGUACAGCUGCACAAGCAAGGAGUGGGUGGCCCUGAAGUUUAUGCAAAAGCAUUCGCAGCAGCCAUCGAAGUACGGGCGUAUGCUUCCGGAGCUUGUGCACGUAGUGGAUGCGAGUCGCGAGCUGCAGCACAAGUUAGAUUUUGUACUCCGGUACAUCAACGAUGUGCUCGCGCGCAAGCGUCGUCCAGACAAUGUCGUCGGUCGGGCCUUACACGAUGCUCUGACUUCUGUGCCGUUGAUGGAUUCCGAAAACUUUAAGCUUAUGUUUAAUGCCAACGUCCGCGACAUGCUCAUGAGCAUUACAAUGGCCAUGCUCUCGAAGAAUCAGUUGCAGAUUAGCGAGAAGUUGUCCUAUAUGCGCGAUUACUAAAUCCACAUUGUUAACCAAAUCAUCGGAACAAAACCAACUGUGUAAAUGUACCA